AUGAUGAACUUUGUAAUUUCUGUGCCUGUAAGGAUACAUAUGAGCAUUUCUUUAUAGAAUGUAGAAAAAUAAAACGAGUCUGGGAAAUAAUAGAUAACACAUGCUUCCUCAAAUUGAAAAGAAAGAUAGAAUUUAAGCACGAUAUUAUUUUUGGAUAUAAGGACGAGGACAAAACGGUUGAAAGGAAAAUUAAUCUUAUGUUAAUGGUUGGAAAACAUGUGAUAAGCAAAUACAAAUGUGGUCUAUAUAGUUACAAUGUUGAAUGUAUGUUAGAACAUGAGAUGAGACUAAGAAACUUGUAAUAUUGUAAAGUGUUAUAAUGAUUGUAUGAUUGAUA